CAAUAAUUGUCUAAUCUAAAAAGAAGUGAAGGUCAAUAACUAAUCCUAGCCUAACCUCAACUAACACUUUAUCUAGCAUCUUUAGUUUUAGUUAUGUGUUAUAAAUGUUUGUGGUUUGAUUUAAAUAAAUUGGGAUUUAUAAAUAGUUACUUAGAUUUUACAUUGGCCAUGGUUUUGUAACUAAAUAAAAUUAGCAUGGCUUCAAAAAAUUUAAAAAUGAUUGUUUUUGACUUAGAUCGUACACUAUGGCAAGUGAGGGUGGAUAAGGAGGUAACACCUCCUUUUAAAAGGAAUUCCAAUGGUGUGGUGGUAGACAGCUGUAAUUAUGCAAUAGACUACUACCCCCAAGUGCCACAAAUUUUGCAAAAACUCUAUGAUGAAGAAUAUACUUUGGGAGUGGCUUCAAGAAUUUCUGAAACUAAAGGUGCUAGGCAAUUGCUUAAGCUGUUUGAAUGGGAUAAGUAUUUUUCUUAUCUUGAAAUAUUUCCAGGAAAGAAGACAAAACAUUUUAAUAACUUAAAGAAGCAAUCUGGAAUUGAUUUUGAAGAAAUGUUAUUCUUUGAUGAUAGAUUACGUAAUAUCCAGGAUGUCAGUGCUCUUGGUGUAGUGUCUGUUUUUGUAAGAAACGGUGUAAAUAAAUUAGUGAUAGAAGAAGGAAAACAACAGUUUGCAGCAUGUUUAAAAACAUCUGUAGUGAAUAAUCACAACAGUAUAUAAGACAAAUAAAAAAUGUGAUAUUUAUGUAAUAAAUUGUAUAAAGUAUGUAAGUAAUGUGAAAAGUAACAAAAUAAAUCUAUUUUCAUAGAA